GUUCCUGGGCCAAGACUUUAGUGUUACUCAAGCCCAUAAAGGCAAAUGAUUCCCAGUUAGCCCAUGACGCAAAUGAGCCCAGACGCGGUUCCCUCCCGCCACCCUCUCGCCGCCGACCCGCUGCCGGCGCUCCGCCGCCUCCGGACCGCCGCGCCGCGCGUCUUCGGGCAGCUCCACGCGCUGCUCCUCACCUCCGGCCUCGCGCUCCACUCCCCCAACUUCGCCCUCCUCCUCCGCCUCGCCUCUUCCUCCGUCCCCUCCCUCUCCCACCGCCUCCAGCUCCUCCUCUGCUCCCCGCUGCCGCCCACCGCUUUCCUCGCCAAUUCCCUCCUCCUCGCGCACCUCCCUUCCGCGCUCCCCCUCUACUCCCUCCUCUUCCUCGCCUCUCCCCCGCUCCUCCGCCCCAACGAGUUCACCUAUCCGGCCCUCCUCCGCGCCUCCCCGCCCCGCACCGCGCUCGCGCUCGCCACCCAUUCGCUUAAAUUCCUCGGCGCUGGGGCCGCCUCCCGCGACCGCGUCCUCGGCGCCGCGCUGCUCGACGCCUUCGCCCGCUGCGGUAGGAUCGCGUCCUGCCGCCGGGUGUUCGACAGGAUCGUCCAGCCGGACCUGCCGGCCUGGAAUGCGCUGCUCACGGCCUACGCGCGCCGGGCUAGGGGUUCGUGCUGCGCCCGCGAGGCGGCGGAGGUUCUUGAGCUGUUUGCGCGCAUGGUCUCAUCGACGGUCCCACCAAACGAGAUCACGCUCGUCGCCGUCAUUGGCGCAUGCGGGGAGCUCGGCGCUCUCGGGCACGGCCUGUGGGCGCACGCGUAUGCUCUCAGGCGCAGGCUGACCGUGAACUGUUACGUGGCCACCGCGCUUGUAGAGAUGUACACCAGGUGCGGGAAAAUGGACCUGGCUGAGCAGGUGUUCGCUGGCGUUACGGACAUGGACACACGCUGCUACAAUGCCAUGCUCCAGGGCUUGGCAUUCCAUGGGCAUGGCCGAGCUGCCCUCGCCUUGUUUGACAGGAUGUGUGCUGAGGGCUUCUCGGUUGAUAGCGUCACAGUGCUGGCGGUGAUGUGCGCGUGCGCCCACGCUGGGUUGAUAGAUGAAGGGCGGUGGCUCUUCGACAGAAUGGAGAUGCAGUUUGGGGUCACGCCCAGGAUCGAGCAUUAUGGAUGCAUGGUUGACAUACUGGGCCGAGCUGGUCAGCUUGAUGUUGCCGAGAAGCUUAUCCGAGGGAUGGACUUUCCACCGAACACCGCAAUGUACAGGUCUUUGAUACGGGCAUGUGGGAUUCAUGGCAAGCUAGAACUUGGGGAAAGGACGAUCAAAGAGCUGAUGAGGCUCGAGCCAGAGCACAGUGGAAACUAUGUCCUGCUGUCCAACUUCUAUGCGAGAAUGAGACUAUGGGAGGAUGCAAAGAAGGUGAGGAAGGAGAUGAAGGCCAUGGGCAUUGACAAGAGCCCCGGGUCAAGCGUCCUUGACAUCGAUGGUGUUCUCCAUGAGUUCUUGAUGGGUGACAAGACACACCCUGCCUCAAGGGAGAUAUACGCCAUGGUUCAAGAGAUCGAGGUCAGAUUAAAGGAAUGUGGGUACCGGCCGAGCACCACGGCUAUGCUGUUCAACGUCGAGGAGGAGGACAAGGUAGAUGCUCUGUCCUACCACAGCGAGAGGCUCGCCAUUGCCUUCGCCCUGAUCGCCUCCUCUCCAGGUGCGCCCAUCAGGAUCAUCAAGAACCUCCGGGUGUGCAGUGAUUGUCACGAGAGCACGAAGUUCGUCUCCCAGGUGUAUGGAAGGGAGAUCAUCAUGAGGGACCGCACCCGGUUCCAUCACUUCAGAGAUGGCCAUUGCUCAUGUGGAGAUUUCUGGUGACUGGUCAUUAGCUGUUUGCCAUGUGCAUAAGAAUGUGCUGUAGAUUCGUGUUCCACUUCUGUGUCCUACUCCAGACUGGACGAUGGACGGUGUCGUGAACACGAAGCAGCCGGAACCAGCGGUCGGCGACGGCGUUGAAGUCUGCAAAGAACCCUCAAGAACCAAGAGUAGCCCCGGAAGAACAAGGAAAGGUCGUAUUUACCCUUGGUUUAUAGCACGCUAAAAAAAAGAAGAAAAACGAACCCUCCCUUCUGCCCCCGAUUCCCCCAUCUCCCCCCGAUUCCCCUUCUCCUCCCGAGACCUAAACCUAGCGCGACACCCCGCGGCGGCGCGGGCGAGGCACCCAGCGGCGGCGCAUGGAGGUGGGCGAGGUGGACGAGGGCCAUGGGCGAGGCGGCCAUGGUGGGGAGGCGGGGGGCGGCCAACCCGAGGAGGACGGGUGAGGCGGCCAUGGUGGGGAGGCGGGGGGUGGCCAACCCGAGGAGGACGGGCGAGGCGGCCAUGGUGGGGAGGCGGGGGGCGGCCAACCUGUUGACGACGGGCAAAGCGGCCAUGGUGGGGAGGCGGAGGGCGGCCAUGGUGGGGAGGCCGGCUGUGCGGUGGUCUCAGCCUUGCGUGGUAAAGGCGCAGCACCGGAGCAAGGCCAAGUAUCACCGAAGGAUGCGGCUACAUCGGCUUCUCUAGAUGGGAUGGAUCAAAAUUCAACUUAUGUGCUGAAAAUCAGUUUGCUUGGCAACCCAAAAAAGGCUAGAAAGGAUAUCAAAUGCUUCUGUUUUGAUAAGGUUAUUGAUUCCGACUUAACAAAUUAUAAGGACUUGGUUGAAUCAAUCGUAGAGCAGUACUCGCCUCGUUAUUUGGAAGUUGCACAUGUUCAGUACUAUGAUGAUUUUCUUAAAAUCUACCCUGAAGUAACAUCUGACCAAGAAUUGAUGUUGAUGUUUGAGAAACACUCUAAGACAAAGGUUGUGCACAUGUUUGUUGCAUAUUGUGAUCCAUCGGAACCAUAUGAGCCUAUAACGGAGUGGCAUAGUGAUGCGCAUAGCCAACCUAACAACAUAGAACAAGAUGAUGAUGAUUAUCUUCGCAACCCAGUACCUUAGAAUGAGCAUGUUGGUGUUGAUGAGGAAAAUAUUUAUUUAGAGGAUGAACCUGUACCUCUUAUCAUGGUUCCUUGUUUCAAUAAAGAAAAGGACAAAGACUAUGUUCCUGAUCAUGAGAGCGAGGCUGAGAGCGAGGCUGAGAGCGAGGAUGGGAGCGAGGAUGAGAGCAUGUCAGAGGUUGAAGUAGAGGAAGAUGAGGAAUAUCACGAGGCAGAUCAUGCACCACACAUUGAAUAUAAUAAAUUAGAUCCUCCAAUGAACGAAGGAAGAAAAUAUCCCAAUAUGGCAGAGUUUAAAUUGGCGCUUUCUCAACAUGCAAUCAAACAUGAAUUUGAGUUCGACACCGAAAAGAGUGCACCACAUAGGUUCAGAGCUUAUUGUUCAAGAAGGGAUGAAGAUAAGUGUCCAUGGAGGAUAUAUGCUUCUACAAUGGAAGAUGAGUGCACAGUAAUGGUGAGAAAGAACCCUUGUGGUCAUGAUUGCUCUAGUACAAAAAGAAAAAAGAAGUUGAAGAAUGCAAACAAGCGGUGGAUAUAUGAGCACGUGAAGGACUGGCUAAUUGAGGAUGCAACUCUAGGACCAAAGGCAUUGCGAAAGAAGCUGAAAGAGCAUCAUGGAAUCGACAUCAACUCUAAGAGAGUCUAUAUGGGUAAGUUGCUAGCCUUGAAGGAAAGGUGUUUGAUGACCACCUUUGGGCUGCUGCUUACUCAUGGAACCCAUAUAUAUUUGAAAAAAAUUGGGCUGCAAUGGACCUAGCAAAGCCAACGGCAACUGCAUAUCUUAGGAGGUGGCACACUAGGUUGUGGUCUAGGAGUCAGUUCUCAACAAUUUCCAAGGUGGAUUAUGUUACAAACAACUUGGCUGAGUGCUUCAAUAAUUGGAUUAAGCAUCACAAGUCCUUGAACUUGGAUGACUUCUUUGAUAAGGUUAAGCAGAUGAUUAUGAUCAUGUGGAACCAAAGGAGGAAAGUAGCAAGGAAGUUGGUUGGGUUGAUUCUUCCCCACAUAAUUAAGAAGUUGAAUGCAAAGACUAGAGAAUUAAACUUGGAGGUGGUAGAAAGCUCAGAAGAAGUCGCUGAAGUGACAGCAUUGGGAGGCAGCGGCUUUAGGUUUGUGGUCAACUUGCUUGACAGGACAUGUUCUUGUAGACAAUGGCAAGUUUCUGGCCUUCCUUGCAAGCAUGGUCUAGCAUUUAUCACAUCUCUUAUCAAUGCACACAUACAGAAUUAUGUGGACUUGUAUUACUCCAUUGACAAAUUUAGAGCAGCCUAUGAGCAACUAAUUCCUGCCAUGGUUGACAAGAACCAAUGGCCUAAAUCUGACCAUGGAUUCUUCAUGUUUCCACCGCUACUAAAAUCCACGGCGGGUAGGCAUAAAACUGAGAGGUAUAAAGGCUGCAGUGAGAAGAAAAGAAAAGGCGGCCAACACUUAUGCCCUAUUUGUAAGGACUAUGGGCAUCAUUGGCAUAAAUGCAAGAAGGGUAACCCAGAUGACAUUGCUGCUAUUUUAGCUGUGAGAGGACCACCAAAGAAGAGGGCAAAGACCACCAAAGCAUCAAUUGUGCCUUACGAGGAUGAUGCUCCAGCAGCCUCUAUGUGCUUUCCGCCAAGCCAAAGCUUGGAACCUACAACUACGAAAAAGAGAAAACAUGAUAACUCAAUUACUGGAGCAUCAAAAAG